AUGUUACGUCUAACCGAAAGUCAACUGGCCCAAGUGCCGAUCUGUGAAUUGUUGUUGAACAGCUGUCGAAUGUCACGUCUAGCCGGCCAUUUGCAAAUCGCUUGGGCGUAUUUGGUGGAGGCGAAAGCGUUGAAUGUCAACCAUUUUGAGGUAGCGAUGGAGGAGGCGAGAUUCUUGUUUGAAAAGGGAAAUCAAACGCAAGCAAUUAGUAUACUAUCGAAUUUACUCGAAGAGCGUUUCGGUGCAAAAACCAAACAAUUGCAAUCAGUUAUUGAACAGCAAAAGAAGCAAACUGACAUCAAUCACACUCAACUCAGAGAGGCCCUCAAGAGUGAGCCGAAAGAAGAAAAAGAUAAUUUUGUCAAGGUGCAAUUACUAUUAGCAGAUUAUUCACUGAAGGCUGGCGCAUGCAGUUUCUCGGAUCUCUACUAUAAAUAUCAUGCGUUACCGUUGAUUGCCGAUCCAUCAGAGGAUUUGUAUUAUAGAGUUGCGAUAUUCUUGGAUAAUUAUCUGUAUAGCAAACAUCAGGUUGGUGUUUUGUUAUUUUGA